GCGCGGACGCUGACGAUGGGCCGCCUCGCUCCGCCGGUGUGCGCGCUUCUGCUGGUCGUUACUCUGCGCCGGGUUGCUGGCCAGCGUGACGUCACCCCUCGCCUCACCUUCUCCUACGAUGCAGAGGAGAGGAGGUGCCCGACUUUCUCGGCGGACGGGCUCUUCAACUUCACGUCGCUGCUGCUCAGCAAAGAGGACGGCGCGCUGUACGUGGGCGCCCGCGAGGCGAUCUUUGCCCUCGACCCCGCGGACAUCGGCGCACGGGAGCGCCAACGAAACCUCACGUGGAAAACGCCGGACAAGAAGCGAAGCGAGUGCAGUUUCAAAGGAAAAGACCUCCAAACGGAUUGCUUCAACUACAUCAAGAUCUUGCUGCGAGUCAACAGCACUCGGCUGUACGUGUGCGGGACGUACGCCUUCAGCCCCGUCUGCGCCUACGUCGACACGGCCGACUUCACCCUCGUCGCGAGCGGCUCGGGCGAGGUCGUCACGGAGGACGGGCGCGGCCGCUGUCCGUUCGACCCCGGGUUCAGGUCCGCAGCCGUCAUGGCCGACGGAGAGCUGUACGCCGCCACCGUCGGCAACUUCCAGGGGAACGAGCCCACCAUUUCCAAGAGUCUGGGCCGAGGAGCCGCCCUCAAAACGGAAAACUCCCUCAACUGGCUUCAAGUGCUUGUAGAUGUGCUAGUGGGCUCUCUGCUAGGCCCGGCCUUCGUGGGCUCCGCCUACAUCCGGGAGAGCCUGCCCCGGGGCGACCCGGCGGGCGACGACGAUAAGAUUUACUUCUUCUUCAGCGAGGCGGGAAAGGAGUUUGACUUCUUUGACAACACGGUGGUGUCGCGCAUCGCUCGCGUGUGCAGGGGAGACGCGGGAGGGGAGCGGGUCCUGCAGAACAAGUGGACCACCUUCCUCAAGGCGCAACUGUCGUGCUCGCUGCCCGACGACGGCUUCCCCUUCAACAUCAUCCAGGACAUGUUCGUGCUGACGCCCGGCCCGCACGCCUGGAAGGAGACCGUCUUCUACGGGGUCUUCACCUCUCAGUGGUCCAACGGCGCCGCGGGAACUUCGGCCGUGUGCUCCUUCACCAUGGAGCAGGUGCGCAAAGCCUUCGGCGGCCCGUACCGCGAGGUCAACCGAGAAACGCGGCAGUGGUCCACUUUCAACCGACCCGUCCCGGAGCCCCGGCCGGGAGCGUGCAUCACGAACGCGGCCCGGAAACAAGGCGUCCUGUCGUCGCUGCACAUGCCGGACAAGGCGCUGAAUUUCGUCAAGGACCACUUCCUCAUGGACGAGGUGCUGCGCGGCCAGCCGCUGCUGCUCAACCGCCGGGCGCGCUACACGCGCAUCGCAGUCCAUCAAGUGGCGGCGGCGGCGGCGCGCCGGGCCUACCGCGUGCUCUUCGUCGGCACAGAUGACGGGCGACUCCACAAAGCCGUGAGCGUGAAGAAGAAGAUGCACGUGAUCGAGGAGCUGCUGCUCUUCCGUCACUCGCGGCCCGUGCGGCACCUGCAGCUGGACUCGGAAAAGGGUCUUCUGUAUGUCUCCGCUUUCUCCGAACUGGUCUCGGUCCCGCUGGCCAACUGCACCAAUUACGGCAGCUGCGGGGAGUGCAUCCUCUCCAGGGACCCGUACUGCGCCUGGAAUGGCAGGCGGUGUGUCGAUGUCACGCGGGCGCAGCCAAACGACUUUCUGCAGCAGGAUGUGGACAAUGCCGACGCUCGGGCCAUUUGCGACGAGACGGCACGUGCACGGGCGCGGCCUUGCCGGGCGAUCGUCAUCCCCGCCGACACCUUCCACGUGCUGCCUUGCGAGCUGCGCUCCAAGCUGGCGCGGAGGGUGUGGCGCUCCAGCGAGACGUCGGGCCGCUCGCAUUACCCCGGCUCGGAGGGGGGCCUGGCGGUGGUGGCGAGGGCGGGCGGCCAAGAGACCUACGAGUGCUGGUCGCUGGAGGAGGGCUUCCGGCAGCUGCUGGCCAACUACUGCGUGCGCGGCCGGGCCGCCGCCGCCUCGCAGGAGCGCGAGCUUCGCUCCCCGCGGCUCGCCGCCAAGUCCUACUGGAACGAGCUCGUCGUGGCGUGCGCCCUGCUGGCCUGCUCCCUGCUGGUCUUCUCGCUCUUCGUCCUCUACAGACACCGCCGACACGCCAAGGAGAGCGAGCGCCCCGGCGCGCCGCAGAACAGGCCCCGAUCGGCGGCCGUCCGCCGCGAAGAGGCUCAAGCCGUCACCGAGGCGACCGGACUUCUAGCGAGGUCCACCGGCGCCAGCCAAGUUACGUAUUUCUGCACACUGAAGAAAAAACUCAGGGAAACAAAAAGUAUGCACACCGAUGCCUAG